AUGGAUGGCGCCGGAGACGAUGAUCCCUUCUCUUGGGAGGUGGCGACUGUGGUCAAAGUGCUCUCCGCACCCAACCGCCCAUGGGCUCCGGAUCCUGCGGCUAUCGCUAAUCGCGUUCAAGAGGAGGAGAUCGAUGGCAAGACUCUCCUUACCUUCGAGCAUGUCUGUUCCCGUCAAGAGUUGAUGGAAUGCCUCGGCAUCAGGUUGGCUCGUCACAAAGUGGCAAUUGGGGAGCUCAUCCUUACACUUCGAUCAAAAAGCUGGGCGUAUCAGCAGUGGAGACAGGAUUUCAACCGGAAGCAGUCCGGUUUCUACUUUGACUCCGACGGACUCAAGAACUCGCCAACUUCCAGCCUGGGAGCGAAUGGCUUCGUACUAAAGACACAGCCAAAGGAAAAAGGACUUGAGGCGUUGCCAUCUCAGCCCCAUACCAAUGAACAGCCGGCCCUCCCUGCUGAACCCACCCAGCCCGAGCCCGAGCCUACAGACACUCCUAAGCCAAGACGGCUUGUCCCAAUCGCUCUGUCAAGCAGACCACUCAAUAUUUCCAAUGCAUUCAUCCCUACCGAGGCCGACACGCUCGGUUUCGUAGCCGAAGCUGUCCAAAAAGAUGAGCAAAGCAUCCCUUGGGAGGAAGCCUCGAUCGGUGCCUAUCUUGGAGAUGGAAGCCUGACAUUAGAGGCUCUCAAAUCUCCGACCGGAUCUCUGAGCUCUCGACUUCUUGAACCAACCGAGGACACAUUCGCAACCGCGAUACCUAAUUGGCUACCCCCAGGAAGAAGACUCGCUGUGCAUCGAGGCAUCAUGCGAUUCUUGAAGAAGAACGGCCGGCAGGAGAUGCUCCAGAAACAAGGCAUUUUCUUGAUGAGGUCGCCUACCCCAAGCGACUCGGACACGGUGCUCGACCUCGUAGACCUUCCCGAUGAGUAUGACGAACAGACAAAGAGAGAGAUGGAAGAAGAGAGGCUGGAGAGGGAGAGAUAUGCUGCUCAAGCUGCCCGCCACUCCCUCUCAUCUGAGAGAGUCACGCAGAUCCUCAUGGAUGCUAUUGAUGCCAUAGCAGUCACUUGGCAAGAGACGAAGCUGCCAAAGCACCAGAGGAAAGCCUAUCAACUAUGGCAUCAUGCUCAACGUAAGGGAAACAGGACGAGGCAGGUCUUGGACGCUCACACUCAAGCCAAGUUCUAUGAUGAACGAAUCAAAAAGCUCUGUGCCGAAAUUGUUGGAGAGACAUGGACCAAGCAAUUCGAAGUCAGAGACCAAGCGAAGUGCCUCGAGCAAAGCAUCCAUGACAAGCUCUACAAUGGGUGGCUCGUCGACAUGCUGGAAUCUCGGACUGAACCUCCCAAGCCUCAAACCAUUGCCAAGCCGAAGCCCCAAGCCUCGAAGAGACGUCUAGACGAUUAUUUAGAUGAAGAAAUCCUCACAAGCUCUGAUGAGGAUGAUUUCAUCGAACCAGAUGAUGAACCGGGAGUCAACAAUGGGCGUCUCAUGGACCUUGACGACACCUCUAAGUAUGGCGACCCAAGUCUCCCGGCUGAACCGGUCAAAGAAGAGUCUCUUGAGUGCAUAGAUCUCACUCAAGGGAGCUGGGGAAUGAACUCUCCCAAAGGCCCAAAGAAGACCGAUUUUGUUGAUUUGACAAGCCCGAUCAGGUCAGAUUGUGCUCCUAAGGACAGCCAAGCCAGCAAUGACCUCACAGGCGCCCCUGAUAUACCACCGACCAUCGAAAGCCUUGGUAGCUUUGAGGAAAUUGGCGCUGUGACCUUGAAGCAGAUGUCGAAAAGCAAGGAUCGGUGGAAGCUAUUGAUUUGCCUCAUCUGGAGACUUCCCCACACAAGACGGAGAGCAUUGCUUGACUUUAUCCAAGAAAAGUCGACCGACGAGGCUUGGGAAGAGGCAGUGAGACCCCAGAUGACUGACCCACUUGAAGACCUCACAAAACUCGGAGUACAGACUUCUACGACCAUUGCGUUCGAUCUGACCCGGGCUUUUCUGUCCUUCUAUCGGGUAAAGAAUUUGAAAGAGUCAUCUCUCGUCCCUCUUUCCCAGAAACUGAGGCAAGUACUGGAAAAGGCUAAGCGCCCAUGGUUCCAGCCUUUUUGUUCUUUCGUCAAAGAUGCAGCACAUCAAUUCCCUCAGGACAGUCAGAUAUACAGGGCUGAUAUACCCGAAGAUGUACUGGAGGACGAUCUGGAGGACGAUCACUCGAUGGCCAACAACGAGAGCAGCCAAUCCAAACGUCGAAAAGUUGCACCAAAAGAAAUCAUCCAGAACAAAGAAGCAGUGGAUUUGAGACAGAGGGAGCUGAAGAGAGUGCAAGAACAAGAAUCGCGCAGAGCGAAACUCAGAGCGGAUCUCGCUUCCUCCGGCUUGAUGUCACGAGAUAGAACUCGUUUGAUCAUCAACGAGAGCAAGCAGGAUGGCCAAUCGUUCGUGUACAUCAACGAGGAAAUUGGCAAGCGAAUCAAAGAGCACCAGGUAAAUGGCGUCCGGUUUAUGUGGAACCAAGUUGUUGCCGCAGACACACGCCAAGGCUGUCUGUUGGCUCAUACGAUGGGUUUGGGGAAGACGAUGCAAGUUAUUACCCUCCUCGUCGCGAUAAGGGAGUCAUCUACGUCCUCAGACCCAUCCAUAAAGGCGCAGAUACCCGAGGACCUUCAAACUCCCCAAACUUUGGUGCUCUGUCCUGCAGGAUUGGUGGACAAUUGGAUGGAUGAACUCCUCAUGUGGGCGCCUGAGGGUAUUCUCGGACCUUUGCGCAGGGUUGAUGCACAGAUGACCAUUGAUGAGAGGUCUGCUGCAGUCCAAGAAUGGGCCAAGGGUGGCGGUGUCCUUGUUAUGGGCUACCACAUGCUCAAACAGAUGAUUUCUCCCAGCAAAGGCGUGGAUGAGUUGCUUCUCGACAAACCAAACAUCAUUGUCGCAGAUGAGGCACACCAUUUGAAGAAUGAAAAGAGCAUAAUUAAUCACAGUUGUGCUCGAUUCAGAUCAAAGAGCCGUAUCGCCUUGACAGGCUCUCCCUUAGCAAACAACGUUGAGGAGUAUAGGUCUAUGAUCGACUGGGUGGCACCAAACUUCUUGGGUCCACUGGCAGAGUUCCGCGAGAUGUACGCAACCCCGAUUCAACAUGGUUUAUACAAUGACAGCUCCGGGCCCGAGAAGAGACUUGCCUUGAAGAAGCUGGAAGCACUGAAGGUAACGGUUCAGCCCAAAGUCCAUCGGGCUACGGUCAAGUCGUGUCUGAAGGACGAUUUGCCACCCAAGUUCGAAUUUGUUCUUUCUGUUCCUCCUACGCCAUUGCAAAGCAAACUCUACGCUAUCUACCUGAGGGGGCUUCUCGAGAAUGGUAUUGGUCCUGAGGGAAGUAUUCUACAAUCUCAACUUUUUACGAUCACGAAUCACCUAGCCCUGAUCUGUAAUCAUCCCAGAUGCUUUCAGCUCAAGGUCAAACGUAUCAUGCAAGGAACCUCCAAAGAUGAAGAUGACAACGGGAAGGAAGACAAGUCAUUUCCCAAAAGCAUCAUUCAGCCGGUGUUGAAGGAGCUUAAGGUGCCUGAUCCCGACCUUGCGUCUCUGUCGCGAAAAGUUGAACUGUUGACGGUCAUCCUGGACGAAGCCCGAGUAAUCGGAGACAAGGUGCUCGUUUUCAGCCAGUCAUUGAUGACAAUUGAGUACCUGCUCAAUUUGUUCCAAAUGCAGAAAAGACGGGUUUCCUGUUUGACCGGGAAAACCGUCAUCAACAAACGCCAAGAGAUGACCAAGAACUUCAAUUUGGGUGACCAAGAGGUGUACUUGAUUUCUACGACAGCAGGAGGGGUUGGUCUCAAUAUUCAGGGUGCCAAUAGGGUCGUUAUUUUCGACAUCAAAUGGAACCCAGUACACGAGCAACAAGCCAUUGGGCGAGCGUACCGAAUUGGACAAGAGAAAACUGUAUUCGUCUACCGGUUUGUGGUGGCAGGUACCUUCGAGGAGGAUCUUCAGAGCAAGCACGUCUUCAAGACGCAACUAGCAUCCCGAGUCGUGGACAAGAAAAACCCUGUUAGUUGGUCAAAACGGAGCGCCAAGCUCCUGCACGAAAUCCGACCAUCGCCGGUUAAGGACCUCUCGGACUUUCUCGGUAAGGAUGGCAUCCUGGAUGCACUCAUCAAGUACAAGAAAAAUGGCGAGGCUGUUCGGUCGAUACUCUCGACAGACACGUUUGAGGAGGAAGACGUUGACGCAAAACUCAGCGUGGACGAACUCAGAGAUGUGAGGGAAAUGGUCAAGCUGAACGGCCUUCGAUCCUCCAACCCCGAGGAAUUUCAAAAAGCCAAGAUGCAUGCAGCAGAGGAAGAAUUUUUUCGUCUGGCCAGAAUGUCCCAAUCCGCUAUUCAUUCGGCACAACAUCAGCAGCUCCCCAAUGAAUCAGCCACUUCGAAACCCCAUCCGUCCGUGGACCAGUCCUUGGAUGGAUCGUUUGAUGCACCCGAUCCUGUCGGCAUUGGGCAUCUACAGAGCCAACACUUCAUGAGAUCAGCACUUCACGGACGCCCACAGGAAUUACUCCCAGGACCCUUUCAAACCUCAAUCUCUGGACUAAGGUCGGUUCCUUUGCCCGUAGCUGGCGCAAACACGUACUUUGGAACACAACCACAACGGACCACGGCGCCAGUCAUAGCCACGACCAACAAUGAGACGGAGAAAGAGACACCCAAGGUUACCUUGGGACCGACAACGCAGAGCACGCCUUUCAAUGGAGGCAACCUUUUCAGUCAGCCUCAAUCGCAGCCCAAGAUCAACUUUCAAAAUCGCCUUGAAGCGAGGAUUCACGGACUGCAAAAAGAUCGCCUGUUAAGAAUCCAGGGAGAGCCCAGAAAUUUCGCAAAAUCUCUGACAGAUGCAAUUUGUGGAGUUCGGGAUAAACUCCAGCUUGGAUUCCUGCCCGACGGUCGACACUGGAAGCACCUCGAGGAAUUACUGGAUCACAACAAGGUUGUGAUAUCAUUGGUUUCAGGUCACUGGACGCCGUCAUAUGUGGCUGGAGCGGACAAGAAGGAGUUGGAAAGUCGGAUGUAUGCGAUGAAUGGACUGCCCGAGAAGGAGAUUUCUGCCCAGGGGAGUCGAAGAGCUCACUCGCCAGAUCCUCAUAACUUGCAUAACAUUCGACGACGAAGCAUGCCGACGGAAGGCGCAUCGCAAAGCCCACACGCUAAGGAGGAUAUGGAUGUGAUGCGAGAAGCAGCGGAUAAUAGGAAACGACGAGGCGUCCGACUGCCAACGUGGGCAAACCAAGCCCUAUCUGAGGAACAGAGCAGAGCGUUUCCUGCGUUGGGAACCGUCCAAUCGCUGGAGGAUCGACGCGCCAGACCAAGAAACGAGUCACCCCGAGGCGACAAGGAAGUUGGAAGUGACGGUCAGAGCGUGGAAGAGGGAGAUCAGAGGCGUUGA